AUGCUACUUUCCUGUUCCGGUUGGCUCCUUUUUGGGGCGCUAUUAGCUACGUCUUCUGCCAGAGCUGACACCUCUCCACCGGUAGUAGCCGCUCCAGUGGAGCAACUAGCAAGCGCCAAUCAGGGCACCUCGGCAACUCCUAUCACAGUGACAACGCGCAUCGAGAAUGCAGCCGGUGAUAAGCUGGACUUUAAUGGUGAUCAUUUUUUCGGCCCCGAUAAGGAGCACCAUGAUUACAAUCGGCAGGCACACCUAAAGUUGGAGUACGUGCGCAAUCAAGAUCCACAGUUGAGACGAUUUUUGGGAAAAUCGAUCGUAAAACGACAGGCCGAUUUUCCGUAUCCACCAGCAGUAUAUCCACCAACUCACUAUGAACCUCCACCUACGGUUCCUCCUACAACGACUACAACGACCACAACAACAACAACAACACCGGUUCCCACUACCACUACUACUACCGAACCGCCACCGCCCCCUACAACACCGGGAGUUCCUCAUGAAGUUUACGGAGUGCCACCAGAAGUACCCCAAGAACCUGUUGUCUUACCCUGUGCGGCAUCUGCUAGUCAAGAACCAGCAAAUGUUGAUUGUGUCCUUUCGCAACUGCCCCCACUACCUGAGCUAGUGUAUCCAUCGGUACCGGUUCCCCUACCAACACCCGUUGAUCCGCAACCUCUACCAGGUGAUUUUAAUACUGAGCCAGUGGUUGAAGUUGUCCCACUUGAUCCCACUUCUCAAGGUUCUUCACUGUACAACAUAAACGAAGUGGUUGGAUUGUUGUUUGAUGGACCAUCGGACGUUCCUGCGCCAUCAGGCAGUGGUCCUGAAGAAUCGUCCAGUGGAUCAACCGGUUGCAGUGAUUGCAAUUUUGAACAGCUACCAGCAUUACCCGAGCUAGUUUAUCCUUCCCUACCAACUACUACAGCACUACCACCUCCUCCCCCUCCCCUAUCUCCAAUAGUUCCUGAAGAACCCUCAACCGUAGUACUUCCGGCCGAUUGUCUUCCCGCCGAACAUCGGAUUCGCCUGGAGAAAGGACAGGCAGACCUGGUCGAUUUAAGAUUCUCCAAAUCAUCCACCAACCAACAGCCCCGUGUCCUUUCCACUCACUCGCAGGUCAUUCUCGUUCAAUCAAUGCCACCCUACCCUGUGCUUAAGUCGAAACCUGGCCGUACUCCACCGAAGCCUGCCAGCCGUGGAUCGCUCAAGUUCAAGCAUGUUCGCCACGACUCGAGCUUCGAUGUGAAACGUUUCCAGCAGGAUCAGGAAGUUUGGAGUCGGAAUGAUGAUUCGGUAGUAGUGCCAUCGUCCGAGCAGCAAGGCGAGGUGGCCCAAAUUGUGCUCUGCACUGUCGAUUGUCACACGGUGGAGGAAAAGGUACAGCCACCGGAAACACCUGCCAUGACCAUUCCGAGCGAUGGUCGGUUGUGGUAG